GUGUCAAUCACCCUUUUUUUUUCGGUCUCUGUCCCCCUGCAUCGCCAUAUUGGGCGCAGAAAAGCCUCGCCUUGUUGUUUUCUCUUCCCCUUUUUUUACUACGACGCGCAGUUGACAGGAGUGGCCAUCGCGAACGCUGCUUUUGUUUUGAUGCGCGUCGCUCCGUCCGUGUUUUUCGACUUCACCUCGGAGCUCAUGCGGCGCGCCCGGGGCGAGUUUUAAUGCGUUCACGCCUGCCGUUGAAGCUCGAUAAUACGGUUGUUGGGUUUGUUUUGAGACCUCAUCACCGUGCAACAAUGUCCAACGUUCGCUUGUCUAAUGGCAGCCCGACAAUGGAGCGGAUGGAGGCGCGACUGUCCGAUCAGCCCAAACCGUCUGCGUGUCGGAACCUGUUCGGUCCGGUGGAUCAUGAAGAGUUAAAGAAGGACUUGCAGCGGCACCUGAAGGCGAUGGAGGACGCGGCGGCGGAAGAGUGGAACUUCGAUAUCUCCACGCACACGCCGCGAGCCAACGGGAGGUACCAGUGGGAAGCGCUCGAUAUUCGCUCGGUGCCCGGUUUCUAUAGCCAAUCGGAACGGGGGAAAGGCACGGAUGUUAAUAUUCGCUCCUCUGGGAAUAAUAACGAUAAUAAUGUGGAUGUUAAUGGGAACCACGACUGUCGGGUGACGGAGGAGAGCGCGGAGACGCCCGAAUCCCCGAUAGAUCAGAGGAAAAGAACCGCAUGUCAAGACUCAUCAUGUCAAAGUAAGCGUGCACGCACCUGUAUGGACGAGGUGACCCGGACACCCAGAAAACCCAAAAAACCAAGAAAACACCCCGGCCCAACGCCCACAAAAACACAGCGAGGGCUGUAGAUGUCGUCUGACCUCAGUGCUUGGUGAACAACAGAAUUUUUGGGAGAAAAAUGGAGAAGCGAUUUGGAAAAUAGAAACAUAUCAACUAUACGAGUGUGUUCGAGCACUGAAAGAAACACUAACGUUCUGGCACUCAAAAGCAACUGCCUCAAAGCGGUCUAUGUAGCAGUGUGCAAUUAGGUUGAAUUUCCUUUAUUGCUCAUUCUUUUUUUCUUACUACCUGUGUAAAUAAAUAUAUAUUUGUUCCUUUUUUUAUAGCACAUAAUUAGUAUUAUGUUGGAGAAAAUCUAUUUCUUUCUUGGAGGUGUGAGUUUGGUGUGACUUGAAGAGCCUGUAGAUUAUUUUUGAAAUGCUGUUGAUUUAUUAGAUUUGUUUUCUUCCCGUUUUUAAGGCAGUUUGUGCCGGUUUUCAUUUUGGCUAAAUUGACCAAUAUAUCAAUUCUUUCAGAGGAGGUACACCAACUACUUGCUCGAAUUAAAGAGUGUGUUAAAUCCGAAUAUCUCAGACUUUUUUUUUUUUUAUUUAUUUAUUUUUCUUCAAUUUAUGAAAGGUAAUUAAAAAGGUGAUGUAAAAGUUCAAAGGUCAAACCUUGUAGCAUUUACUAGUAUUCAUACCAGGCACUUCCAUGGAGAUGAAACAUCUCUCCUGCUCUUAAAUGAUUUUUCUCUUAAGAUAUUUUUUGAUCAUUUGUAAUUUGAGUGAAAUUUUCUACUGAUUUUUAUUUUAUUUUUUCUUUAUUUUUGUUUCACUUUGACUCAAUCACCUUUGAUAUUGCAUGUGUGAGUGUGUGUGUGUGUGUGUGUGUGUGCGCGUGCGCGCGCGCCUGUGUGCGUGUGUGUGUGUGUGUGUGUGUGUGUCUUUUCAGAAGUGGGCGUUUCGCCUGUCAACCAUCUGCAUCUAAAACGCUCAACAUAUAGAUUCUUUGGUGAAACCUGAUGCAAAUCUGUAUUUAAAGAGAAAGUAAAUAUUAAUAUUUUGAACGAUUUCCACUGCCUGUGUAUUUGUGUAAACGUUGAGAUGUACCUGUGUACAUAACUUUGUAAAAACACUGAGAAAAUUAAAACUAAUUUAUUUAUGUCAAGUUUUUCUUUUGUGAAAUAAUUUUUUUUUUUUUUUUGGUCAAGGUUUUGGGUCAUUAUUUUUGUAAAUGGUUAUUUGGUAGUAUUUUUUAAUUUUUUUUGUAAUGUUUUAACAAAUUGUAAGAGGUUGCAAACUGAGCCUGAUUAAAAUAUUUGACAAGUGUUUUUUUGUUAUGUGUGGUUGUACAAUGUUCUUCAAUCAAUAAAAGAGAAAUUACUAU